AGUAGGAGUAGAUAAUUGAUCGUUAUAUGUUACAAAUUCCAUGACUUGCUGUUAUUUAAUUUCACAAAACAUUACGUACCAAACAAUAGAGUUGUAAUCUUCCAACUUCUGACUAGAUAGAUUCAUCAUAUGGAGAUACCAGAUGAUGAUUUUUGAAUUGUUCUUUUGAAAUAGUUGUCAUUCUUAUGAUUAUGGUUAACAUUUGCAAAUCAUCGUUUGUACUUGAUAUUCAGGUGGUGUGGCAAACAGGAUGUCUAAUGAUCCAUCGACACCAAUACAUUCACCAGUCAAGACACCAGUGGUCCCCACACGAUCUUCCCCACGCAUGAAGAUGGUGAAAUCCCUGGCCAAGCCUUCGUCCUGAGCCCCAAAAAUAAAAUGGACUCCCGAUAUGGAUUAAGUUAUGAUCGAUAUAUUUCUGAAACAAGUGGCAUUGGGACGCAAGGGGGAUAAUGGUUUCAAACGUGAGGCGUACCAAAUUACCGCCGAAGCCGUGACGAAGCACACCAAUAUAGUCCUCAAGUGGCAGAAUGUGUCGAACCGACUAAGGUAUUACAAGAGGGAGUAUACUACAGUGAAGGAUAUGCUAACGGCUAGUGGGUUCGGAUGGGACAGUGAGCGGAUGGUGGUGACAGCUCCUGAUGAAGUCUGGGAGGAAUAUCUUAAGUCUCACCCACGUGCGGAAAGACUUUGCGAAAAAAGGAUUGAGAGAAUGGAUGAUCUUGCAGCUAUCGUCGGUUCGGACCAUGCAUUAGGACAUUAUGUCCAAGGCAGUAGGAGUAUAGCCGCAUUAGCAUCAUCAUCUCGUCUUCAACGAGAACUCAAUGAUGCAUGGAGAGAGCUGGAUGAUGAUAUCGACGAGACAAUUGACCUGUCAGAUGAUUUUGUCAUAGACUCCACAGGGACCAUCCCAUUUUCGCCAGACAGUCCUUCGAUGGGACAACACGACUCACAUAGCACUCCCACUCACACAGUUGAUUCCAAUACUACUCGAAGUAGGAGCGCAGGAAGGAAACGAUCGCGCCCUCCUCUUCCUUGUGAAGUACUCGGGGCCUCUCUGCAGACUAUUGUCGAGUCAAUGCUGAAAUUUGGCCUCGGCAAGUCGGUGAAUCGCACUUCCAAAGUACUUGAUAUACUAAAAGAGGUCUAGGGCCUGACCAACACAGAGUUUUUUGAGGUUGGUCAGCUCUUAAGUAAGGACAAGGGACUGGCAUCGUUCUUUGUAAGUCUGCGACCUGACCGCCGCAUUGACUGGUUGAAGAAAACUCUCAUGACCACUUUGGUGAUCGAGGUAUCGGAUCCAUCUGAGGAUUUAAUAUCUUGGGUUAUGUUUUCUUGGUUGUUAGUUGUUGGUAUGUAAUAACUUUGAUAUACUUGAUUUUCUUGAUUUUUUUUAUUUUAGAUUUAUUUUUUUGGACUGACAAAUAUGGUGGUAUAUACAUAGUAUAUACCAAUAUGACUUAUGCAAUGGCAAUAACUUUUAUGUAAUUAACAUCUUUUAUAUGGUUUCACAUGCAUGCAUUGGUAAGUUUAUUUUCUUAAGACAGAUAAGACCAUACAAUCCGCGUGGUUGGAAGGGUACGUAAAUACAACUGGAUUUUGCUUUCAUCUAGUAAGUCUAUUUGUACUUUAAGAUGCUACUCGAUAAGACAAUACUGCAUGUAAACUUCGUUUGCGACUUUAUAUUCCAGCACACGAAUCUCGUGCCAAUUACAUCCAUGUCAUUGCAGAUGGGAAAGGAUAAGUAUUACGUCGUCUUGGCGGGACAUAGGCCUGGAAUAUACAUAUGUUGGGACGACAUUCAGUUGGAGAUGGAGAGCUUUAGUGGAACGAGACACUGCGUAUUCAGGAACUGGAAAGAGGCAGUUGCAUGUUGGGAUGGUCACUUCAGUAAGGCAUGUGCACCGUCGAGACCUUGCACGGAUUCUAAUGCGGUUCAGGUUGCCGCAUUUUCUGAUGAGCUGGACAUUCGCCAUUCUUCAUCUUUGUCCAUCCGACAGACGAUGCAGACAGCACAGGCGACGCCGGCCAUGGUUUCUAGGGCCGUGUCGACUGAUGAUCUUUCCCCAUCAGCCCGAUCAGAUGGAGAGUUGUUCUGUGCUCUUCUAGUUGGCGUUGGUGUCCUUUUUCUUGCCAUCCUUGUAAUUUUUAAAUUCUAGCCCAACAUGAAUGACUGUAACUCUUUAUAUGUCACUUGUUUCUUUUCCUCUCUUUUU